AUGUCGCUCACAUCCAUCCUUUCCGCUGAUGCCAUCGACAGCGCUAUCAAGGACUGCCAAGCACCAGAGUCCUUCAAUCACAAGAAGUUCUUCCAGAUGUGUGGUCUAGCUAAAAAAAGUCCUCAGGACAUCAGGACUGUCUUUGGCAUCCUUGACAAUGAUGGCAGUGGUUUCAUCGAGGAGGAGGAACUCAAGUUCUUCCUCCAGAGGUUUUCACCCGGAGCUCGGGUGUUGACCGAUAAAGAGACCAAGAGUUUACUGUCAGCAGCUGAUGAUGACAACGAUGGCAAGAUUGGAGCAGAUGAAUUCCAGCUCAUGGUUCUCUCCUAAAGAUGAAACCGCCGCUGCCUCGUCCUGGUGUCGACGUUCGGUUCGACACCUCGUCCUUAUUUUUCCUUUUCCUUUUAUUCUCUGAAAGCCACCAAUGUCACUGAUGCAACAAAGCCCGUAGUUUAUACUUGACUUGACUUUGAAUAACUGUAAUGUAAAGAAAUGGGUGAAAAUUAUCACCAAAAUGUACAGCGAAUAAAAAAU